CAUUCGGUUUGCAUCGCUCUAGCUCGCAAUUUUUUUAUUUUUUUUUACACUGGUGUAGCAAGGAUGGAGGAACUGGCACUCAAUCUAAUCGCAGAGGGGAUUCAGAAAAAAGUGACCAGUCCCGGGAAAGGGGAGAUAUCAAACUUCCCCGAUGGAACGAAGGUCUUAUUCCACUACCGUAGCAGCCUGUGUGAUGGCACGGUUCUGGAUGAUUCUAGAAACAUGGGCGGACGAAGCAAGCCCAUGGAGCUCAUCCUGGGCAAGAAGUUCAAGCUGGCCGUGUGGGAGAAAAUAGUUGCCACCAUGAGAGAGGGUGAGGUCGCUGAGUUCACCUGCGAAACCAAGCACACAGCCCUGUACCCAUUGGUGUCCCAGUCCCUGAGGAACAUCAGUGCUGGAAAGGACCCCCUUGAGGGCCAGAGGCACUGCUGUGGCAUUGCCCAGAUCCACUCUCACCACUCUCUUGGCCACCAGGAUCUGGACCAGCUGCAGGCCCACCCCCAGCCCCUGGUCUUUACCUUGGAGCUCUUAGAGGUGCUGCCCCCAGGCUCGUUCCGCCUCGACACUUGGGCGAUGAGCGACGAGGAGAAGUUGGCAGUGGUGCCGAAGAUCCACGAGGAGGGCAAUGCCCUCUUCAAGAAAGGUGAUGUGAAGGCUGCCACCGAGAAGUACCACAACGCCAUCGCCUGCCUUAAGAAUCUACAGAUGAAGGAACGUCCAGGGGACGAGACGUGGAUCAAGUUGGAUCACAUGAUCACGCCUCUGCUGCUGAACUACUGUCAGUGCAAGCUGCAGCAGGGCCAGUACUACGAGGUCCUGGAUCACUGCUCCUCUCUGCUCUUCAAAUACGAGAACAAUGUGAAAGCCUACUUCAAGCGUGCCAAAGCCCACGCUGCCGUGUGGAAUGAGACGGAGGCUCGCGCUGACUUUGCCAAAGUUUUGCAGCUGGAGCCGUCGCUUGGGCCUUCGGUGGCCAAAGAGCUGCGGGCCAUGGACGAGCGCAUCCGCACCAAGGAGAAGGAGGAGAAGGGUCGUUACAAGAGCUUGUUCAGCGACACUGCCAGAGAACAACAGCCAGCCACCGCCACCACGGGUUAAACAGGACAACAUUUCUGACUGAAAUUAAAUGGAGGGGGCGCAAUCGUGGACAAAUUACUGACUCUGGUUUAAUUGUAUGCACACACCAAAGCCACUUUCCUUGAAACAGUUUUGUCCAGGUGUCAGACACACACACACACACACUAGCUCACAUACGUAGACCCCCACAAAACACAUGCACACACGUCACUGGUUAUCAAAAAUCAGAACCCAUCUUAUUCUCAACAUUGCAUCCUACAUGUUACAUGCACGCUCGUCUUAAGCACGGUAAAACACAAAUGGUUGUUCAAUCCAGCCUGUGAGACUGGGAAAUAACAUAUCGUCAGAGACAAUCAUUUAACAUCAUAGAUAUGUAUGGACGCCUUUAAUAUCCAUCACCACCCCCCCCCCUUUUUUUUUUAACCCUCCCCGUGCUGUAUCUAGUUAUCUUAAUGUUACUUCAAUUUCUAUUUUUAUCCGUAUUAUCGUGACAUUAUAACUGACAUUUCAUUUCCGAUCCAUGUUUGUUUGAUAUAUUGUCUAUAUUAGUAUAUACCAUAUUAUUUCUGCUCAAUAUUUUGGCCUCUUCCACCACCACCAGCAGCUUGCUUUGUGGUUAAAGACUGCACUUUGUGAAAUCAAAGCCCUGGUAGGUGUUGAAUGUCACUUGAACCAGGGGGAUAUUGAAGCAGUGUGUGCAUAGUCAGAUGGCCCUGUGCCCGAUCCAGAAACAAGCCCUAACUCCCACACCAAUAAAAUGUUGUCCUAGAAGUAUAAGUUGAAUAUGGUAUGGCUCUAAAUACCAUACUGAAAUUAUUUUCGCCAACCUAAUAAUCUUAAAGGGGCACAGACCUUGGUUUGCAAACAAACAGAUUAGCUGUCAUAGAGAACAUCAAAAUAACCAGUUCCAUGUUGGAUGCAAAUGCCUCUUUGUCUUGACAAAACUGAAAGGUUUGGAUAGCUGAAAGCUGCAUACUAGAGGAUUAGAUCAGUUAAGUUAUAGUAGAGAUUGGAAUGAACAGCCAGGCCUCACAGAUGUUAGUAUCCAAGGGAAAAAGACUGAGAAUGAAAGUUGAUUGAACUCCAAAGUUCCAGGUGAACAGUUAAGUUUCGGGUAGCACCCUAUAUUUACACAUCCUAUGACUGACAAACCAAUAUAUUUUACAUGUUAACAUGAGCUCAUUUGUCUUAUAGGUCUACUAUAGGUAUAAUGUCUUCAUACGUUUUAUGUAAGGACAACAGCAGGGUUUCAUUUUUUUCCAUGUAUUUUCUUUCUCUCUUGCUGGUGUAUUGUGAGAAGCAAAAUAAAGAUAUUCUCCUGUCGGUACAUUU